AUGGCCUUCAACUUCAACUGGUCGCCCUUGACGGCCGACGAAGACUUUUAUCGCCGCGCACGCGACCUGUUGACGACCGCCCUUAAUAAGUCGCCGAAACCGCCCAUCAUUGUCGAUGAUAUCCUCGUCACCGAGCUCAACCUGGGCUCCGUGCCCCCGGAACUCGAAAUACUCGAGAUUGGCGACCUCGCCGAAGACAGAUUUCGCGGCAUCUUCAAAAUGUCGUAUUCUGGCGAUGCCUACCUCACCCUGAAAACCCGAGUUCAGGCAAACCCGUUAAACACAUAUCUCUAUUCCAAGCCAGCCUUUACAUCGCCGCAACCUUUGGCUGCGGCGUCAGGACUCACCAUCCCCCUGUCCAUUACCCUUUCGGACAUCAAGCUCUCCGCCUUCAUUAUCCUCGUCUUCUCAAGACAGAAAGGCCUGACUCUUGUCUUCCGCAAUGAUCCCCUCGAGUCCCUCAAGGUCUCGUCGACCUUCGACUCCAUACAGUUCGUCCGCGAUUACCUGCAGCGGACCAUCGAGGCGCAGCUGAGGACGCUCAUGAUGGAAGAGCUACCAGCCAUCAUCCACCGUCUCUCCCUCCGGCUGUGGUGUCCUGACCAGGCGCCGAAACAGGAACAGGAGGCUCCCAAGGACCCUGUGGAUGAGACUGUCGUCGAUCCGUUGGCGAGUCCGCCACUGGAUCCAGUCGACGCCCACGGGAACCUCAUUGAUCCAAACGACAUCUCAUCGCUGUCACUCGAAGGUGGUCCCGAGGUGCAGUCCCUGUUCUCCCAGAAGAGCCUGCUUCGUCUGGCCGCCCUCAACGACUCGCACCGGACCUUCUCGCUCUUCACGCCCCACAUCCGAGACGUCGUCUUCCGCGCCUGGACAGGCCACGUCGUUUCGGACUCGCCCGCCUCCACUCCACCCACUGCAACCCCGAGCUUAGUCAAGUCCAACUCGUUCAUGGGCACGGCGACGGCGACGGCAACGACGUACACAUUCUCCGACACGGGAAGCGCCGCUCAUGGCUACCUCCCAUCGCGGCCCUCUCUCGUGAGCCUCAACUCCGCCACCACCGGCCUGUCCAUGGGCUCCGGGACCCGGAGCAAGUCUUACACGGGUCGCAAGAAGAAGACGAGAGUCGUCAACCUGAGGCGAUCCAAGGCUGAUGUCUCCGUCCGCAGCGAGGCCGGCGAGAUCGGCGAGACCAACUCCGAUUCGGCUUCGGUGGCAGGCCCUUCGUCGGAACCCAUCAUGUUCGAGCCUUCCAUCCCGGAGGUGCCCGAACAGCCCGAGACCGCAGCGCCGGACACGCCGACCAAGGUCCGCUUCGUGCCGUCCACCUUCUCCCAGGCCACCACAGAGGUGCCGAGCGUACCUAUCGCGCUGGACAGGCAUCACGACGCAUUGUCCGCAAGUACCGUCCCUUCCCAUCGCAAGUCGGUGGAGCAGACUCAGGCUCAUCCGUCCACGCCGGAGAAGGCGGCGACGGUCCAAGAGCAGCCAGCCACUCCCGGUCUCGACCCGGACUGGAUCAUGAAGAUGGCCGGCGAGAUUGCGCGACGAGUCUACGACGAGAAGACUCGGCAUCAGCCGCCAGGAGGCUUCUGGGAGGAGCGAGAGGAUGUUCCCCCUCCUGCCUACGAAGCUUCCCGCUGA